UUCAAGAAAGCAAUAAACCUUUUUUCAAUAUUUCUUCUCCUUUUUUAUUUCUAUCAUGGUAUCAGAGUUAUAAGCUCUUGGUUCUUCUCUUUUAUCAUUGCUGUUUGGUUUUUUGAGUUGGAUUUUUAAAUCCAUUCUAGGUGUUAAGGAGCUAAAACAAUCUCUUAGUUAGAAAUUUGAGAUGAAAGAUCUUGGUGUUCUGAGCUAUUUUUUGGGGCUUGAAGUCACCUUUUUAGAUGAUGGCUACCUACUUUCUCAAGUAAGGUAUGCCUCCGAUCUUGUUUCUAAAGCUGAACUCAAUGAUGGUAAGAGUGUUUCUACACCUCUUGAACCUAAUGUCAAGCUUACACCAAUGGAUGGCUCUCCCUUUGCUGAUCCUACUCGAUAUUGGCAAUUGGUUGAUAAUCUGGUUUAUUUUACCACGACAUGCCUUGACAUAACAUAUGCAGUUCACAUCAUUAGUCAAUUUAUGGCUGCUGCUCACUCCACUCAUUAUGCAGUAGUAUUUCGCAUUAUUCGCUAUGUUAAGGGAACAUUGCUUCAUGGAAUCCAUUUUUCUAGCAACUCCUUCCAUGUGCUUCGCGCUUACUCUGAUACUGAUUGGGCUGGUGAUCUUUUUGAUCAUAAAUCUACCACUGGUUAUUGUUUUUUCCUUGGUAAUUCUCUUAUUUCUUGGCAGAGUAAGAAACAAACUAUUCCAUCUCGCUUUAGUACUGAAGUUGAGUAUAGAACUCUUGGUGAUACCACAUCAGAACUUCUUUCAUUAUGGUGGCUUCUUGAAGAUAUGGGCAUUCCUCAGCCUUCUUCUACUAAGUUAUAUUGUGAUAAUCAAAGUGUUAUGCAAAUUGCUCACAAUGAUGUCUUCCAUGAACGCACUAAGCAUAUUGAGGUUGAUUAUCACUUUGUUCGCUAUCAUGUUGCACAAGAAAUUGUUUAUUUGGUUUUCAUUGGCUAUACUAAUUAACCAACAGACCUUUUUACAAAGGCUCAUUUUCCUGAACGCUUUCAUACUCUUCUUUCUAAACUCAAGUUAGUUUCAUCACAACCACCUUGAGUUUGAGGUGGGAUGUUAAGAUAUGAAUACAAUUAUUCAGAUUAU